UUUAUUUAUAGCGAAUUGCUUUUUAUAUAUUGUUUUGUUAGAAAAAUGUUCAAUUUCCUAAUAAAAUUUUUAAUUCUGUUCUGUCUAAUACUCGAAAUUCAUUCAUGGAAUUGGGGUGAUUAUCCAUCCCCUAGAGCAUCUACUUAUUUUAAAUGUGGUAUUCAAAACCGAUCUUUUGUUUGCGACCCAGAUGCCAUGCUAACUGAUCAGCAGAGAAAAGAAAUUAUUUUAUUAGUUGAGAAUUUUAAGGAGAAAACUAAAAGAGUAAGUUUAUUUUCCCGCCAAUUUCAAUUUUAUAGCCAAAUUCAACAAUUCCAUGUAUAA